AUUUAUUCGUGUUUCCGCCAGACAAUUCGCGGAUGGGAUAAGACAACUCUAAUUCUCUGAGAAUGCAUUCGGUUAUUUCACAGUUAUCUGAACUGUUCCGAACUUUCAAGACAGAUGUGCCGACAAUGGGCUGACGACGAUCGCUCAUCGCUGCUAUCAAGAGGCUUAUGAAACGCAUUGCAUUAUCGAAGUAUAAGAAUUACAAAGAGUUUUUGCCCACAAAAAAAGAAACUUUAUUUAUAAUUUACACUGAUAUUACAAGUUAUUUGCUAUUCUGCGGAAAUCUUGCUGCUUACAAAGAGACCGUGAGCUCUUUGUAAAUGCUUUUUGUAGUGUCCAAAGAGAUUUAAUCAUAGUUUUAUCAUUUAAUAUUGUCUAAAAGUUUUUUUAGAAUUUCCUCUUUCCUGAGGUGAAUGGACAUUAUAGUCACAGAAGAUAACGAUACACGCUUUUUCGGCGCGCUGGUAGCUAGGGAGAGAGCAAAGAUGGCAGAAGAGAUGGAGACAGAAGAGAAGGAGACAGAAGAGAAACAUACGCACAGGUUGUACUCGUACAGUCUUAUCAUCUCCGCCAGAUGUCGCCCGUUCGCUGCACGUGUAAUUCAUCAAUGACGGUCGACGGUUUCAUUCCAUUUUGUUUUACUUUGAACGAGGCUUCAAUUGCGACUCAUUCAUUCAAUAAAUUCAGAGCUGUUGUUGCGAAUUGCCCCCGUGACCGGGUUGAUCGCGAUCGAUUGCGAUGACGCUGCAGGCGAUAAAAUGGAACAAGGAUGAUAGUAAGCUAGAGAUCCUGGACCAAACGCUGCUGCCGGCAAUCACCCGCUACGUCCAGGUCGAAGGCGUCGAGGAUGGCUGGAAGGUGAUCAAUAAGAUGCAGGUGCGAGGCGCACCAGCAAUAGCCAUAGUGGGUUGUCUCAGUCUGGCAGUGGAGAUCCUUCACCGUAAAAACUAUGAGGACAAAGCAGAUCUUCAUCAGCUUAUCGAGGAUAAAUUGAAUUAUCUGGUAACUGCACGUCCCACUGCAGUUAACAUGAAGACAGCAGCCAAUGAUCUCAAACAUCUGGCAAAGAAUUUGAAGGAAGACAUCACAUGUACAUUAUCUCAAAUGGUACACAGAUUUACAAACAGUAUAGUUAAAAUGCUGGAGCUAGACAUAGAAGACAACAAGACAAUCGGAAAUUACGGAGCGGUCCAUAUUCAAAACCAUAUCAUUAACAAAGGUUCUGCCAGGAUUCUCACGCACUGCAAUACCGGGAGUCUCGCUACCGCGGGAUACGGCACGGCUUUAGGCGUCAUCAGAUCUCUUCACGAGAGAGGGGAGCUUGAGCACGUCUAUUGUACUGAGACCAGACCAUACAAUCAGGGUGCCCGCUUGACCGCUUACGAAUUGGUACACGAAAAGAUACCAGCGACUCUGAUCUGUGAUGACAUGGUCGCCGCUGUAAUGAAAACGAAACAACUCACUGCGGUCAUUGUCGGUGCGGAUAGAAUUGCCGAGAACGGCGACACUGCAAACAAAAUUGGAACUUAUCAGAUCGCGGUUCUCGCCAAGUAUCACAAUGUCCCUUUUUUUGUGGCUGCACCAUUGACGUCCGUGGACUUCCAUAUACCUAAUGGCGAUCAUAUAAUCAUCGAAGAGCGACCCGAACGAGAGAUGACUCACAUAAACGACCAGAGAAUAGCAGCAAUGGGUAUAUCGUGUUGGAAUCCGGCAUUCGAUGUGACUCCGGCGAGUUUGAUCACCGGCAUAAUUACGGAACUCGGUACUUUUGAGCCCUCAAAACUGAUACAGGCGAAAAAAUUGAUGCGUUCAACGGAAAAAAUAGAUCAGUAAGCACUUUAUGCUAUGCUCUCAACAAUGUGAUUUCUGAACGUAUUUUUAUCAUAGACGAUGUCAUUGUCAAGACGGCACCAAUCAUAAUGCACAUUUAUAAUUUGUAAGACAGUGCUUUUGCAACACGUUCCAAAAAGAGCGUACUUUUAAUAUGAUGGAAAAAAAAAGAUGACCGCUCAGCAAACAUGUAAGAGCAUAAGCCGCUACGUGGCAGUAGAAAAUGACGAACGCAACCAAUGAUGCCUGUGUUAUUUCGUGCGAGAAACAUGCUUGUUAUAGAUGUUUCAUAGAUAUAUACGCGUCUACAAAUGUGUAAAUACCGAUUGUAAAUGUCAUAAGAGAAAUGCCUAUGUAACUAUUGUAUAAUCUUUUGAGAACAGUGCCAUAAAAAAUCUUUGUAUAAUGUAAGAGCUCAGGGAAGUCAAUUUUAACGACUGUAUAAUUUUAUAUUAAGUUUUCUGUUGAAUUUUUAAGGAUACAUAUCACUUGUUAUUGUUACUACAAUGCGAUUUCAAUAUUGCUGCAUUGAGGCUUUUUAAAUAUUUAUAUUUCACUUCUCGAAUAAAAAGAUUUAUAUAUUA